UUCCGCCUUUACGCGAUGACGCGCUUUUUGCCUCGUUGGAAGAUUUCAGCAGGAAGUGGUGUGACUGACAGCGGCGGCUGUGAGCAGAAACAAUAACACACACCGAGUCAUAGACGAGGAUAUACACUCACGCCUCCGUUAUUUUUAUUUUCUGGGGAUGUCAAUCACGGAGGACUUAGACAUAGAUGGAGCGGAAUUGCUUGGGUUGCUGUUUGACGACAGAGAAGAUGGAUCUUCUGAAGAGCUCUUUCCUUACAGCAAUGGGCUCAUUGAUUCUUGGCUUUCCGAACAGAAUAUGCUUACAGGUGUGGACACUGAGGCCUUUCUCUCCAGCUUGUUGAAGGACGAGGAAAACAUGGAGACCCUCUGUCCCUCCCACUCGCCCCUGGGCAGCGACAGCGGCAUCUCAGAUGACAGCGGCGGCGGCGUGGGAAACACAACGCCAGUCGGCUGCCCGAGCCCGCAGAGUAGCGAUAUCGAUAUUUCGCACAAUACUAGCUUCUCCAAUCCCAGCCCCGAGUGCUCGGAAGCCACCCGAGUCGAUGGAGACUUGCAUGGGGAGAACCCGGAGGCAAUGAGAGUGCAGGCAGAUCACAGCUACUCCUUGCUGCAAGGUGGUUGCGGGGACCCAGAUGUGCUGCAGAGUGUGAGGGCGGAGAAGCCAGACAUUGAUGUCUUUAUUGAUCUAGAUGAUUUAGUGAGCGACGCCAUGGAGGACGACGCCACCACUGAGCUCCCUUGUACGUUGUCUAUGGAGGACUCGAUGUUGGAUUCAAUGCAGUUCUACGACACAGGAGAGUUCCAGUUUAAGGAGAUUGUGCUGUCUGAGGAAGAGAAGCGCCUUUUGGCGAAAGAGGGAGCAUCGAUUCCCUCGCACAUGCCUCUCACAAAGGCCGAGGAGAGGACCCUAAAGAGGGUCAGGAGGAAGAUUCGCAACAAGCAGUCAGCUCAGGAGAGUCGCAAGAAGAAGAAGGUCUACGUUGACGGCUUGGAGAAUAGAGUCGCCGUAUGCACCGCGCACAACACCGAGCUGCAGAAGAAAGUCCACCUGCUCCAGAAGCAAAACAUAUCUUUGAUUGAGCAGCUGAAGAAACUGCAGGUUGUGGUGAAGAUGUCCACCAUGAAAGCCAGUGCCACCAGCACUUGUGUGAUGGUGUUCCUGCUCUCCUUCUGCCUCAUCAUCUUCCCCUCAGUCAACCCGUUUGGCAGCAACACGGAGAAGAAGGAGCUAUACAUGCCCACCUCCGUCAUUUCCCGCAUGUUGCGCUCAGUGCCGUCUGAAAGCACAGACGCCGUCUCCUACCUGGAAGCCGAAGAGGACGAGCGAGAUCCGUACUUGCCUAAGGCCGAGGUUGAGAACCUGGACGCCAUCUUUGCCGGUGGUAAGAAGAACCACACCCCCGACUACCAGCGAGUGGAGCAGCCCGACUCUGAAACGGCCGUCAGCGGCAACUCUUCCGCCGACUUCCCCGCUGCCUCGUCGCAGGCGGCGGAGUUGUCGCCGGGGGUGGGCGGCGGAGGCCCGGCCGGCUUGAAAGAAGUUUCUGUAGAUCCUGUAAAGGCGGCUGCUGUGACCUAUGAGGUGCCGGGCGCCAAGGAGAACUGGAUAGACCGAAACCCUCCAACUGUAAUAUUACAGCAGCACCGAUCUGAUGAGAUGUAGUAUGUUAGUUGGACCACCAGAGGGAGCCAUAUUCCAACUCUGAUUGGUACCACAGGGAAACAAUUCUAUUUGUAAAUAGAGGAAGGGAAAUUCAAACAGUCUUCUGAUGUACUACUGUUACUUUAUUUGCACUUUUUUCAUUAGCUUUUAUCCGUAACUGACCUACCCUAAACAGUCAGCAUGUUUUUGUGAAAUUCCGAUAAAGAAAAAUAACGCUUUAGGUCCCGAAAGGGCACAUGCUUUUGCGAUGCAUUCUGGGGCUGCCGUAGCCAUUUUUGUUGGCCAAUGCUUUUGUUUACAUGGCUGUUCUGUACCCGGGGCAAUGUGAGAGAGAGAUAUAAACUGGUUUAAAAUGGAUUGAACAAAAUGAAAAAAAUAAGGGACUAUGUCGAGACAAACCGUGCCCUACUCCAGAAGCGCGCUAUCGCUACCUCGAUAAAAAUAGGUAACAUUUUUUGGAAAUGGUCCAUUUGAGCACAUCAAGUAGACAAGAGAUUGACUCAGCUGCCGCCAUUGUUGAAGACAUACUUGUCUAGAGUUCGUCAACAGAGUCAGUUUCUAUACCAGUAAAUAAUUUCAGAAUGCAAAGGUUGUUAACCUUUAUUGCUCAGGCUCUGUUUAAAUUGUGUAUAAUUUACAGAUUUCAUCUCUUAUGUGUUUGAGAUGGCGUGAGGGAGCCCAGCCUCAUUUCAUUUCAAUUAUUAUCUUUACUUUGAUCACUGAGCUAUCCAUCUGUCCAUCCAUUUUCACCCGCUUGUCCCUUUCGUGGUCGCGGGGGUUGCUGGAGCCUAUCUCAGCUGCAUUCGGGCGGAAGGCGGAGUACACCCUGGACAAGACGCCACCUUAUCACUGCGAUACUUCUCUGAAAAUAAUACUCAUCCAUUUACUUUUAAAUACUUUGAUCAUUGCGCUACUUUUCCCCCAAAAAAUACUCCUUCAUUUUCGUGCUUACCCACGACUGAAACAAAAAAAAUGCUUUUUCGUAAAAUACUGUGCGUUGUUUCCUAGGCUAAUGCUAACAGCCUACUAAAUGUUAUGUGUGGAACAAAAUAAACCAUGCUUUGAUUCAAACUUAGCAGUGUGAAAAUGCAGUAAACACACCAACAUGUACCAAGUCAGGUUAGAUCGUCUCACAGCUGCUAUCCUGGCUAUUCGCUGUACCUUAUAUUACCUCACAAACCUUUCACACUGGAAAUGACAAAAAUCUCACAAAAACCUUUUAUAUUUUUCCAAAGUGAUCGUGUCAACAAUUGUGGCAUUUUAUCAUGACGCACGAUCAUGCCAUGGUUUGAACUUGUUAUAGAAAGUACAAAACUUUAGCAUAUAGUCUUGCAUUCAGCCAUGUACAUAAGCUAUUGAGAGGCCAGCAAGACCCACAAUGCAUUGUGUUUACUACGUCUCACCUUUAGGCCCUAUUUUCAAUAAGACACACCCAAAGCUGUUCACCAGUAAAUUAGCUGUUGCUUGAUAGAAGAAUAGGCUGUUUGAUCAAUGUGAUUAUUGAUGCUCCGUAAAGCCAUUGCAGGACAUUUGGCCAUGUAGGUGAUUGGAUCCUCUUGUAACAAGAGGGUCUUUGUUUACUUUAGCAAACCUGGAAUUGUUUUCCCCUUGAUUUGAUUAAGAUAAGGAACAUUUUUAAAUACCUUAUUCUGACUACCUUCUCACAUUUUAAUGCUAUUUCUUUUGGCUGCUCAAAAACAAAAGUGGUGCGGUAAACAAUAUCCAAAAAUGUAAUGACCUGUGUUGCCAGUGAGACAUUUUUUUUUAGUAUAUCUUUUAACGUCACUGUCAAUUGUAAAGACUUGUAAGUCUUAUUGGUUAUUGUUAGUCAUGUGAGAUUAUACAUGGAAAAAGGCACUGAUUUGUGAGGAAUAGAAUGUAAAUAAGAUCAUGAUUGUAGCCUUUUCUGUAUAUUUGACCUCUUUAUGUAUGUACAAGAUGUGAUGGAACAUCUACGAUAAUACAUUUUUUAUGUACAA